AUGGCUGUCAAGGCAAAGGCGCGGACGAUCAUCGUCCGCUUGAUCUCUACGGCGCAGACGGGGUACUUUUACACGGCGCAGAGGUUGCGCAUCGGCCCCAGGUUGGCAGCGGUGAAGUACGAUCCACGAGUGAAGAACCGUGUGCUGUUUGUGGAGAGCAAGAAGACGUCAAAGAAGUAG